CGGGGCGCGCGCGGGCUGCCGGGAGCCGAGGCGGAAGCGGAAGCGGCGGGCGCCAUGGCCGCCGGGGGCCUGAGCCGGCCGGAGCGCAAGGCGGCCGAGCGGGCGCGGCGGCUACGGGAGGAGCAGCGGCGGGAGCGCCGGCGCCAGGUGGCGCGCAUCCUGAGGAAGGCGGCGGCCGAGCGCAGCGCCGAGGAGGGCCGGCUGCUGGCCGAGAGCGAGGAUCUGGUCACCGAGCUGCAGGGCCGGAGCCGGCGGCGCGAGGGGCUCAAGCGGCGGCAGCAGGAGCUGUGCGACGACCCCGAUGAGCUGCGCAGGAAGGUGCAGGAGCUGGCCGCGGCCGUCCGCAGCGCGCGGCACCUGGUGGUCUACACCGGCGCGGGCAUCAGCACGGCAGCCUCGAUCCCAGAUUACCGAGGCCCCAACGGAGUAUGGACACUGCUGCAGAAAGGCCAGCGGGUCAGCGCUGCCGACCUGAGCGAAGCUGAGCCCACCCUGACGCACAUGAGCAUCGCCCGCCUGCAUGAGCAGAAGCUGGUCCAGCACGUGGUGUCCCAGAACUGUGACGGGCUCCACUUGCGAAGCGGGCUGCCCCGCACGGCCAUCUCAGAGCUGCACGGAAAUAUGUACAUCGAGGUCUGCACUGCCUGCACUCCCAACAGGGAGUACGUGCGGGUGUUUGACGUCACCGAGCGCACUGCCCUCCACCGGCACCACACAGGUCGGACCUGCCACAAGUGUGGGGCCCAGCUCCGGGACACCAUCGUGCACUUCGGGGAGAGGGGGACACUGGGGCAGCCCCUGAACUGGGAGGCGGCCACUCAGGCUGCCAGCAAGGCCGACACCAUCCUGUGUUUGGGCUCCAGCCUGAAGGUGCUAAAGAAGUACCCACGUCUCUGGUGCAUGGCCAAGCCCCCCAGCCGGAGACCCAAGCUCUACAUUGUAAACCUACAGUGGACCCCAAAGGACGACUGGGCUGCCCUGAAGCUGCACGGGAAGUGUGACGAUGUUAUGAGACUCCUCAUGGACGAGCUGGGCCUGGAGAUCCCCUGUUACAGCAGGUGGCAGGACCCUAUCUUCUCCCUGGCCACCCCGCUGCGCGCAGAUGAAGAAGGCAGCCACAGCCGGAAGGAGCUGUGCAGAAGCCCCGAGGAGGUGCCGGGAGACCAGGCAGCCGUGCCCAGCCCUGCCCCUGUCGUCGGCGGCUGGUUUGGCCGGGGCUGCGCCAAGCGCACAAAAAGGAGGAAAGUCACAUAACGCGGCACUCGAGCGGGGGCUCCGUGGGCACUUUGCAGAUGGCCAGACUUGGAUCCGGGACACAUCGCACUAUGGGUGCGAGGACGGCCUCAUGAAUCAACAGGGAAUUCUUGGGAGAGACAUUUUCGCUGUGGCCCUCCCUCUACAGCCCCUUCGCUCUCAACCUGCCCCCAGCUAGCCCCCCCCCCAGCACCGGGCUGCGCCCCGGGCCGCUCCGCCUUAACUCCUUCCCUGUCUCGCCUCAGGGCCUCGCCCGCUUCCACUUUUACUAAAAGCCACUUUCUAGCGACCUUUUCUGGACUCGGGCUCCGAGCCAGCGUCUGUACCUUCAUUAAACGUCUCUGCCA